AUGGACCAGCCCAUUUCUGCUCCCUUCAAGCUGGAGGUGGAUGUAGAUUUGGGAUUUGCCCUCUUCUUCUUCUUCCUUCUCUGCUUCUUCCUGAUUGUCUCCAUGGUGAGAUGUGUGCAGAUGGUCAUAGACCCGUACAGCGCCACCACCACGUACCAAGAGGAGCAGAUCAACAGCUGA